AUGCUGCUGGUGCUGUCACUGGUCACGGUCGGGUACGGGGGAUCCACAAGGGUCCAGCUGCUAGGGGUCUGCUUUUCGUCCCUCCAGGCGGGUCUAGGCGAGUCGUCCUUCCUCGCGCUUGCGUCCUUCUACGACACGCCGCGGGCCUUGACGGCCUGGUCGAGCGGCACCGGUUUCGCGGGAAUCUUCGGCUACGCCUGGGUCUUCGCCUUGACGUUCGUUCUCGGGCUUUCGUUCCGCGCCACGCUCAUGAUGGCCAACCUUUUGGGCUUGGUGUUUUUGUACGCCUACUUCAAGCUCCUGUCCGCUCCACGCAGCGGCACGCUUCGGAACGGUAGCAGCAGCUUACAGACGCGCGGAGGCAACAGGGCUGCUGCUCCUGGUACUUACUCGCCGAUUCCAUCCUCGCAGCGAUCACCCUCGCCCAGCCCGUCGCUUAACGGUCCAAGCGGUGGGAGGGGCGCGGAGUUGUUCUCCAGCAACAGCGAACAAGGAGGCAGGGACGAAGAUGGGGGAUGGGGGUUGGGAGAGGGAAGGGGUGGGGGGGCGUUGGACGUGGAACUGGUGCCGACCGGGUCGGUUCGUGCGCCAGAGAUGACGGUGGGACAGCGGAUGUGUUUCACCAUCUCCCUCUGGCGCUUCACGGUGCCUCUGAUGCUUGUUUAUUUUGCAGAGUACACGAUGCAAACGGGCACGUGGAGCGCCAUCGGGUUUCCGGUCUCUUCGAUGGCCGCCCGGGAGCGGUUCUACGAGUACGCCAACUGGUGCUACCAGGGGGGCGUCUUCGUGUCUCGCUCGUCGGGGAUGUUGGUCCGCCUCUCGCCGCUGAUGCUGUGGUCCCUACCGGCGGCUCAGGUGUUGAUGCUGCUCUUCUUUUACCUCGUCGCCGUGGAGAAGUUCUGGUACGGGUACGGUCUCCUGUUCCUGUGCUUCGGGGUGGGGCUCGUGGGAGGGCUGGGGUACGUCAACGCCUUCAGAUUAGUGGCGGAGGCGGUGCCCCCCGAGCUGAAGGAGCUCGCUCUAGCGGCGGCUUCCGUGGGGGACUCGUUCGGGGUGAUGUUUUCCGACAUUUUUGGAACGUUCGUCCAGGCCUGCGUGUACAAGAAGAAUGGCAUUCCCGGGGCGUGGGCAUCGUGCUGAAUACAGGCGCUUUGGUUUGGCGUUUGGUAGUAGGUGGAGCAUCGUGUUGUUGUUGUCGUCAAGGGAGUCUUGCCUGGUGUUGAUCGCUCAGCGUGAUGGGAGAGAACGCUAUCACCUGAAGGCGAAGCGGUGCGGUUGGCGAUUAUUUGAUAGCUCGUCAUUUUUACGAACAUGUCCAGGGUUCACAGCUGCGUCCAUGGGGUCGCCCCCGUGAUC